AUGCUGUUCACGGCGAACUCUUUGGUGCGGUCCGUCGCUGGACAGCUCUCAGUGGAACUGAAGAAGAUGUAUAAAAAUGGCACCCACCUUUUGUAUGAUCAGGUCAAGACCUUGAAGGACAAGGGACGACUAGAGGCCCACAUCGAUAUCCGGAUUCUGGAAAACAUCUCGGCCGCGGAAAACUACCUUACCCUCAACGAGCUCAUACCGAACAGCUGGCGACUCGCUCCCACCACCCCCUUGCAGCAACCGUUUGUGACAUUUUCGGAGCGAGAGCUGGCCCUCUCGGACGAUGACAAUACCGCCCUCGCAUCUAGCAAGGCCGUUCAUCGCGGGGCCAUCAAACUGCUCUCUUUGGAUCAGAUUCGGGAUCAUUUACAGUUGGUUGAAGAGACAAAGCCAAAGGACUAUCACCGUGGCGGCUACAUCCCUCAAGGAUCGAUACGAACGGACGGUUUCCUGGUCCAGGCUAUGACCCUCAAGUUGCGUGAACGACAAGACGCUCUAUUCAAAAGACUGGCCGAGGAGGAUAUGCCCUCAAGAAUCACUACAGCCGUUGCAGGGGUUAACGGUUUCCUUCAAGAAAUUCGGAAUGUGAUCAAGAGCGAGCAGGACAUCAAAGAGCUUUGGCCUGGAAAGGACGUGGACAGGAUGAAGAUUUUAACCUUGGAUGGGGGCCAGGCGUGUGUGGUUGGAGUGUUCGCACAUAUACCCAAUGACUUGGAUGGCAAGAAGGCUGAGGAGAGGUCCAGCAUGGACGGAAUCAUCACCACCAACCAGGAAUCGACCAGCCUCGCCAGCCAAGGGUCAGCGUCCGUGGAUCCAGUGCCCGCAUCAGCCUCCACCUUCACCUCCGCGCAACCUCAUGUAACGGAUUCGCCCCUGACCCUAUCGAGACCUGCCUACUAUAACUUGGCAACUUGGCGGGAGACGACCAUCGGAAUGGAUGUGCCGUCCAUGGUGGAAGUGUAUCUGACCGACAGCCGCGUCGAAUUCAAGAACAAGGACAAGCUAAACUUUGCCUCGUCGAUCCGAGUUUUUGUCGAGAAGGUCAAGGCACGUUUUGCAGAGGCCUGGUCGAUCCACAGCCAGAGAAAGAGCGAGCUGGAAAUGACCAGUCGAGCGAGCCAAACAAGUUCUUCGUCGAACAGGUCUACCCAGAGACAAAAAUCAUCACAGCACUUCAACAGAUACCGGACUAUCGACCGACCUCCACCCGUGGACCACAAGGAUACCAUGGAUACCAUAAAACAAGAGCGCCCAACAACCCUCGUACAUCGGUGUCGGUAUUCGGUCAAACCCCGGACAAGGAAAAAUCAAGCACGAGCCUCCACCCGUGCAGACGGAGUUGGAAGUAGCAAAAGCAUCUCAUCCAACACCGAUGCCAAGCCCAAGUCAAGUCAACCUCGGCAGUCCAGGAAGCGCAAGGCGAUCGAUGACACUCAGGCCCCGACCCGGUUGUCGAAGCGCAAGGCUGUGGAGGAAGCGAAACUAUUGAUGUUGCACCCACUCUACAUAGUGAAGAUUGUGGGGCAGUAG